AUGGAACACACCACCCAAUCCAACGCCAUGUCCACCCUCAACAUGAACCCCGAAUACUCCGAAGAGUACGAAGACAGGCCCCUUCCUCUAAAGCUAUACGGCGAAUGGGACGACGAAGACGACUUGAUAAUCAAACACAAGCUCGAAUCUCUCGUCAACGGCGACAUCACACCCUACUAA